AAAACUAUGAGGACGUGUAGCUCGUGCCGCGGGCUCGUACAUCUUUCAGUUCAUUUCCUGACACGUUCUACACAACGAAGGAAGCCAACGUUUGUCACGUGACACCGCCGCGUUUGCAAUCCUUCGCUUUUAAUUUCACCGCUAUUUUCUGAUUGUCGCAUCAUUUCGAUUGUACCGAGGUAUCGUAAUCGGUUAGUCCGCUCUUCGAACUUUGCCGGCCGCGCGUUGCAAUGUAACGAGACGUGCUUACGCGUUUUCGAGGUGUUUCGCUUUGCGCGACUCUUUUUUCCUUUUCGGCGGUUCUUUUAGCCGUGCUUUUUCUAACUUAUUCACUAUUAUCGCGGUUUGAAUUGCACGAUUGUUUCGUUGAAGAUACGCUGCAUAUGUUUAAAAUGAUAUUUAUCGUUCGUUAACUAUCGUACACGUGGAUAUUUUUGUUUAUCGUGGAUCGGUGAUAUAUGUUGCGUGAAAUGUACGUUCGUUGACGAAAUGAUGUGAAUAAAAUGGCGACUAACGAUAGUACAGGGAAGAAAUUUAACAGGAUGCGGCCGCUGAACUUGGCAACUAUAAAAUAUCCGAACGCAUUGCUGGUCAAUGUUAGGUCACCGAAGAGCAGCUCGCAGUUCGGCAAGCUCGACAACCUGAAGACGGAAAUGGAUACUAUCGGAAUGUCGGAGCCAGUAACGUCCUCCGUCAGUGCGUUCGAUCCAAACGCUGACAGCUUGCACGCGUCGAUGAGGCCGAUCAUUAUGCUGGCGCAAUGUUUCUCCCUGUUUCCGGUUUCUGGCGUUAAUUCUCCCGACGCGUCGUAUCUCAGGUUCACUUGGCGCAGCCCAAAAUUUAUAUACUGCGUAAUUUCGAUCGUUGGUUCGUCGAUGAUGACCGUAUUUAACAUUUUGAGGAUAGUUACAAACGAAAUAAAUUCCACGAAAAUGACCACGCUUGUAUUCAAUGGAACGAACUUGAUUGCAACCUUCCUGUUCCUGAGAUUGGCCGUACAAUGGCCGUGCUUGAUGGUAACUUGGGAGAAGCUCGAGAAAGAGCUUUCGUACAGGCAUAGGAAAAUUUCGAAGACCAGCCUGGCCGCGAAAUUCAAGAUUGUAACGACAGUAGUAAUGAUGUUUGCAUUGGUCGAACAUAGUUUGUCGAUAGCCCAGGGCUACAUCAAGGCUAAAGAAUGCGCUACGUUUCAAGAAGAUCCGAACAUCUUUGGUGUGUAUUUCCAGAUGCAAUUUCCACAGAUAUUCUCUAGAAUAUCGUAUAGUUUAUGGAAAGGAAUAUUGGUGGACCUCAUUAACAUUCUCAGUACCUUCUCGUGGAAUUUCGUCGACUUGUUCCUUAUUCUUAUCAGCAUCGCUUUGACAGCUCAAUUUCGGCAAUUAAAUAGCCGCUUGAAUUCCAUAAGAGGCAAGGCAAUGCCGGAAUGGUGGUGGGCCGAGGCGAGGAGCGACUACAAUCACUUGGCAACAUUGACGAGGCAACUAGACUCCCGUAUCUCCAUUAUGGUUCUUCUAUCUUUCGCCACCGAUCUGUAUUUCAUCUGCAUACAGCUACUUUUCUCCUUCAAUUCCAACCCUUCUGUGCUCUCGUUCCAUAAAAUCCCCAUGCGGAACGCUAUCGAGAAAAUCUACUUCUGCUUCUCCUUUGGAUUCCUGCUGGCGAGAACGACGAUGGUCUCUCUGUUUGCUGCGACGAUUCACGACGAGUCGUUGCUUCCGGCUCCGAUUUUGUACAGCGUUUCCGCAAACAGUUUCUGCACAGAAGUAAUGAGGUUCCUGGCGCAAGUAACAACGGACAACAUUUGCUUGACGGGCAUGAAAUUCUUUUCAGUGACUAGAAGCCUUGUAUUAACCGUAGCAGGGACCAUAGUCACGUACGAAUUGGUCCUGGUCCAGUUCAACGCAACCCAGCAAAAUAAUUCGAGCAACAGCACAAUCUUUUGCGAGGGAUUUUCUUCUCUGUUGUAGAUCGACGGAUAGCGAUCUUUCUUAUGUCAGAAGAGAAGCUACGCCAGAUAUUUUCUGUGGCCAGUGCCGAUGGAAAUGCCUGGACAGAUUUUGUGUCAUUGCAUAGUAGUUAUUUAUGCGGAAUUUUAUGCGCUCGUAGGAAAUUUCAAGACGCACAAAGAACGUACACAGCAUGGAAAAAUAUUAUACAAAGUAUCGAAAAUAGAGUAUACUUGUCACAAUAUCUAGUAGUAGUGGAGUAAAAUUUUUGCUUAGACCACGUUUCUUUAUCUGCGCUCAUGG